AUGGAACCCAACAAUUCAACCAAUCAAAUCGGCAAUCACAUCGACGAUGAUGGUGAUCAGAACUCAUUUCCAAGCCAUCGUUAUCAGAUCAUCACCUAUUCAAGAAAGAGAAAACACUCUCAAUCUCAGGUAAUCACACUAAUCGAUUCAACACAAGUAAACCCUCUUCCGGAAUCAUCAGUUCUAGGUCUUGUUCUCCUUGCUCAUACGUUCUCAUACGAUAUUCAAAACCUCACUAAGUCUCUCCUUCUCGAAAUCCUCGCAAGAUUGCCCCUGAAAUCAAUUUUUAGGUUCAAAUGUGUUUGCAAACACUAG